UUGCCAUUGCGGCUCCAGCGCGUCCAAAGGUUCGCUCCUGUCCAAUUUUCCCCGUCACAUAACUCACGACGACAGCACGUCACAAUCUUACAACAAAGUAGCCUCGACCGACAAGUACAGGAACACGCCUCGGCCGAGUCAGGAGAAAAACACAAUACCCGGCGAGGUAACACUGCACGCCGUCAUCGCAAUGGCAAGCAACGGAAAGUCAAGAUGGGCAGACAGCGAGGAGGAUGCCGCUCUAGAGGCCAAGCUCAAACGGGAAAAGGAGGAGAAGAAGCGCCUUAAGGCCGAAAAGGCGCGUGUAGCCGAGGCGGAACGAUUGGCGCAACAAACGAGGGUGAGCAUCGACAAUAGCUCCGUGAGCGGCAACGAUGGAAAUGGCGACUCACGGCCAGCGAAACGACGCAAGUUCGCCCCGGACGCAGAGAGUGGGAGAGAACCCGCCACGGCGGAUGAUGCGUCGGAUAAGAAAGAGGGCGCCGCGAGGCUCAUGCGCUUCCCCCUUGGCCGCUGGGGCAAGUGCCGGAGCGUUGAGAACUACGACAAGCUCAACGACAUCGAAGAGGGCACGUAUGGAUGGGUGUCGCGAGCGAAGGAGACCGCGAGCGGCAAGGUGGUUGCACUGAAGCGGUUGAAGAUCGAGCCGAGCGACCGCAACGGGUUACCGGUGACAGGCCUGCGGGAGAUACAGAUACUGCGCGACUGCAGUCACCGCAACAUCGUCAAUCUGGAAGAGGUCGUGGUAGGAGACGACACGUCAAAGAUUGAAAACAUCUUCCUUGUACUAGAAUUCGUGGAACACGACCUGAAGAGCAUACUAGAAGAUAUGCCCGAGCCCUUCCUCCUGUCCGAAGUCAAGACGCUGCUCCGGCAGCUGACGGCGGGUGUUGCGUACCUACACGACAACUGGGUCCUCCACCGCGAUCUCAAGACGUCGAACUUGCUGCUCAACAACCGUGGUCAGCUUAAGAUCGCCGACUUCGGCAUGGCGCGGUAUGUCGGCGACCCCCCACCGAAACUGACGCAGCUCGUCGUGACCCUGUGGUAUCGCUCGCCAGAGCUGCUCCUCGGCGCGCGAGCUUACGGUCGCGCCGUCGAUAUGUGGAGCAUCGGCUGCAUCUUUGGCGAGCUGCUCACACGCGAACCCCUGCUGCAAGGCACCAACGAGGUCGACCAGGUGACCAAGAUCUUUGAGCUCUGCGGUGUGCCCACGCAGGAGUCGUGGCCGUCGUUCCGUAGCCUGCCCAACGCGCGCUCGUUGCGUUUUCCAAAGACAUCGCUGGCCACGGGAUCCGUAAUCCGGACCAAGUUCACGACGUUGACGAAUGCUGGGUGCGCGUUGCUGAAUGAACUGCUGUCCCUGAAUCCAGAUUCAAGGCCGUCGGCCAAGGAGAUGUUGGAACACAAGUACUUUAGGGAGGAUCCGAAGCCUAAAAAGGAGAGCAUGUUCCCGACCUUCCCCAGCAAAGCGGGCCAGGAGAGGAGAAGACGACAUGAGCCAAACGCCCCUAUCCGCGGUCAAAACGCUGUUGAGCUGGGUGACGUUGACUUUAGCGGCAUCUUUCAAGGGAGAGACAAGGAGGAGAGGGGCGGCGGCUUCUCCCUGCGCAUGGUGUAGACGAUAUAAAGAUGGUUCAUAUGACCAUGCUGUCGGCCAGUGUCGUCAAUUAAGCUAUAUAUCAAGACAACUCAUGAACAUCCGAGUUUACCUAUAUAUGGGAGUCAUAUUUUACCCGACCAUGCUUCGACAUGUAACGCCGCCCUUGUGUGAAUGACCGCCGUGAAUGAUUACCGCUCAAUUCGUCUCCUCGCUCCUGUGAUAAAACCCUCCUCCCCU